UUUAUUUAUUAUUUGUUAAAAUUAUUUCUUUAUUUUUAUCUCUCAUUUAUUUUAUUGAAUUGGAAUCAGAGUUAUAAAAUUAUACCCGUGUUUUUUUUGUUAAGAGGAAGUACAAAAUAAUUUGUAAUUGUUGUUUGUUUUGGUUUUCAAUUUCGGGUGACGCUCCUGGAUUUGUUUAUACUGAAACAAAGAUGGCGGGUGUGGUGAAGCCGAUAACUAUAGAGAAGGAAUAUGAGAAGAACCCAGACAUCUCUCCCGAGGAUAUAAAGAAACUUCGCGACUGGCUCAAGACACAACCACAUCUGCCCGGAGAGCAUUUAACAGACGUGGACCUCCUGAUCGCAUACCACUGCUGCGAGAAGAGCAGCGAGGUGACCAAGCAAGUGCUGGACCUGCACUUCACCCUGCGGACGCUCUUCACGCCAUUCUUCAAGGACCGGGUCUUUGACAAGAAAGCUGAGUUUGCUUUGAAUACUGUAUUAUGUGCUCCCCUGGUGACCCCCACAGCGGAGGGCUACAGAGUCGUGUACCUCCGUCUCCUGGACCCUGAGCCGCGGAACUUCAGCCUACCAGAGACCGUCAGGGCGUUCAUGAUGGUCUUCGAUCUUUGGCAGCAUGAGGAAGGCACUUGGCCUGGGUUCGUCAUGUUAAUCGACAUGGAUAUGGCAACUCUGAGUCACGUAGCGAGGCUGGACCUGAUGGUCGUCAAGAAAGUCAUAUAUUUCUUGCAGGAGUGCAUGUUCGUGAAAUUGAAAGGCGUGCACUUCAUGAGCGCGCCGUACUUCAUGGACAAGGUGCUGAUGCUGAUCAAGCCCUACCUUAAGAAGGAGCUCAUGGACAUCAUCCACACUCACCAGGUCGGCUCGGACUCGCUGUAUAAGAUGAUACCCAAGAAAGCACUGCCGAAAGAAGAGGGAGGGGAGUAUAAGGAUCAUGCGACUUUGAGAGAUGAACUCCUCAAACGCCUGCAAGCCAACCCAACAUUCAUCAGAGAAGAGAAUAAACGUCGAGUGAAUGAAUCUCUGCGGAAAGGAGGCAAGCCUUCUCAAAUUGAGAAGGAGUUCGGCAUACAGGGCAGCUUCAAGAAGCUAGAUAUAGAUUGAUUUGGGAAUGGGGUUGAGUUUAGGAAUAAAUGUUUUAAAUUAAAA